UCAUGUAAAGGAAUAUUUGAAAGGUGAGCAAAAUGUAAUUUUAUUUACCACAGCCAAAAGACCAGGUUCUCUUCUUUUUGCUUUGUUAAACAGGUAUAGGUGUAUUUUUUCUAAUUGCUACUUUACCGAGGGCAUGCACAUAUAUAAAUUGCUAGUGAAAUCUUAAAUCCAGAUUAGGAUAGUAUUAAAACAGCCACAAGAGAAAAACGUUUUAAUGUUAAAGAAAAGUAUAUCCUAAUAUUGCUAUUUAGAAUAAAAAAGAUCAAGUUGUGAACAUAAAGUAUGCCCUUCUGUGAAUAACUUGUGGACCUGGCUGUGGAAACGAAUAUGGUGAAUUGCGUCACGUGGCUUUCGUGCUUAAGAGUUUGUCUCGCGUUCCCUCUGCACAGGUCAAAGCCCGCUCUGCGCCGCAGCUGGAGCAGCAGCACCACGGCCGGCGGCCUGGAGGGGAGCGUGAGGCUGCACGAGGGCUCCCAGGUCCUCCUCACCAGCUCCAAUGAGAUGGGCACCGUUAGGUACCUGGGCCCCACUGACUUUGCCUCAGGGAUCUGGCUUGGACUGGAGCUUCGAAGCGCCAAGGGAAAGAAUGAUGGGGCAGUGGGAGACAAACGCUACUUCACCUGCAGGCCGAACCAUGGGGUCCUGAAUUCAGCCUGUUACAGCCUGUUGCAGAAUUCAGCUGCAGAACUGUAUCAUGUUUUUAUUUUCCUUUUGAGCACAUGUUAACAAACUAAGCUUCAUAAUAGAGUGAUGUAAUAAUGCAGAACAUUUGUGUUGUGGGUAUGUAUUGAAGUUUGUCCUGUAUGUAUAAAGAUAUAUCUUUUAUUGUAGAUAUUUAGACUCUAAACUACCACAGAAAUAUUGGAACAGUUUGCUUUAUAAGAUAAAAAGCAUCCUUCAAAAUGGAGCUUGCUUUGUGCUUUAGAAAUAAUACGUUGAACUAUUUUGCAAUAUACUAUUUAAAAUCUAAAUUCUCUUGCUUUGCUGCCUUUUUAAAAAGGUGUGAAAUUUCAAAUAUUGCUAGAGCUAUUUUCCUGAAAUACAUUUUCAAAAUAAGGCUGCUUUGUAAUAAAGGAAUAUUUUUGAUUGAAGAAAGUGACUGUACUGUGUUUCAAAAGUAAACUUAUUUUAUUAUAUAGUUUAUUUCUUAAAAACUCUAUUUAUACCUUACCUUGAAAUCCAUGACUACACUGAACUUGGUUGUCCAUAAUUCUUCCUGUUAAAUAUAAAACCCUGUAAGUUAGUAACAGUAAUGCCAACACUGAAUUUAUUUUGAGGUCAGAGAACCAGUUAUUCUCAUAUUUAGAUUAAGAUUAUUAAAUCCAUGUAAUAUGUAUGUUUAUGUAUAAUGUACAUAAAAAUUAGGUGUCUUCAUUUGUGUUUUGCUUAUGUCAUUCAAAGUUCAUGUCUUGAGCAUUAAUAAAAAGGGAAGCUCUUUUGGUUUGGA